AUGACCGACCCUGCCUCCUCGUCGCCCGUCGCAAUCGGCUACGCCAGGCAGCCCCCCGCCACUAACUCCGUCUCGGGUUCGCCCACCGAUCCGUUCACCACACCCCUCUCCUCCCCGGCCAAGUUGUCUGUGCCUCUCCCUAAUGAGCCCUCCACUUCUGCCGCGAGCGAGAAACCUCUCCCACCGAUCCAGCACUCUCCUCCGUACAAAGAGGAGAAACCGCUUCCUCCCAUCGUCCACGAUUCACCCGUUCAAGACGAGAGGGCUCUCCCAUCUGCCGGAAGUGCCUCUUCGGUCCAUGAACUCUCCGCGAGCGACCCAACCACCCUGACACCGCUGCGUGCGCAUUACCUCAAGAAGGAGCUCAUAUCUCUCCAGUUCCAGCGCGAGCUCAACGCGCUCGUGGCCGUGCCCACCAACAAUGUCUCACCUUUCUCGUACCUCGGGCCACCCUUCACACCACCGCCCAAGGGCGUGCCUGCGCCCGAGCUGCCCUUCCUGCGUUAUUGCUUCCGCAAGUUUGUGCUUUCCUUCCCGUUUCUCGCUGACGCACCCCGCGACUUCUUCCCGGACAAGCUCCAGCCUUUCCUCGGGUCGAUGCUGUCGCGGAACCUGAGCUCCACGGGUAUCUUGGAUGAAGGUGGCCAGGAUAGUGAGGAGGCCGCACGCCACAAGCUGCUGGCAAAGCUAGAGAGGCAUGCUGCAAUGCUCAUGACCAGUGGGACCAAGUUGCAGGAGAAGGAGGAGGUCGUGCGGCUGAAGCAGGCGGACCUUGAUCGGCUGGAGAUGCUUGCGCGAAAGCGAGCAGCGAGAGAGAACAAGGUGAAGGACCGUUUCGAAGUUAACGUCGCAUGCGUGAGGACCGUCACUGAGAAGGGGCGUGUGCGGAGUCGAGUUCACGAGGAAUUCAUCAUCCGGACGCGAAGACCUCAUCAGAAGGAUGUCUUUGUCUCGCGUAGGUACGGCGAUUUCAAGACGCUUGCAAAUGAGCUGCGCAAGGCGCACCCGGGCGAGUCGGUUCCCGCACCUCCAGCCAAGGACCGCACGGUCGUCAACCUAAGCACGGCAUCUGCAGUGUCUCCCCCGGGCUUCCGUUCUACUCCGCCAGGAAGCCCACCGCCACCCAUGUCGUUCUCUAUGCCUGGAGGUCUAUAUCAAACACAAAACAAUCCCAGUAGGGACUCAUUCUCGAGUCAAGGAACGACUAGUCCUACUUCGCCGGCCUCUUUCGCGUCAGCACAAGGGUUCAGCAGUGGAGCCUCGAAACUGGCCCGUGAGAAGAACCGACUGACCCUCCGUGCAUAUCUACAUACGCUCCUGGCCAUGCCAGAGCUCGCUAGCUCCCCUGUGCUUCGCUCGUUCCUGCUGAGUGGGCCGACAAGGCUGACCGCGGAGGAAAUGGAAGAUGCAAGACGCAGGGAAGAGGCAGACCGGCUAAGAGAAGAUGGGCGAAAGCGGUUUGCGAAGGAGAUUGCUGCGCGGGUGGACGGGCUGAGGGACACGGCGAAGAGCGUGAAGGGCGAGCUGUUCGCGAAAGACGGCCUAACGCAGAUUUUCGCGACGAUCAAGGUUACGGAGGACGUGCGCGAGCUGCCGGAUAACUUUCAGGCCGUCAUUGAGUGGGCACGCAUCUCACUAGCGUCGACGGUCUUCCAGCAGUUCGUUGCUGCGGAUACCGCGUCGGAGACGUUCGCGGGUUUGAAGCGCAUACACGGGCUGAUGCCAUACUUCAUGAUGAAGACUGCGCUCAAGGUCAGCAAUCCAGUGGCGAUGAUCCGGGGAGUGCUGGAUCUUUUCCUCGCACAACCUUUCGGUGGGCGCAGUCUGCUCCAAAGGAUGUUCACAGGCUCCCUUAUCGAGGAGGUCAAAGGGGUCGAGGAGGAUAUUGAAACAGUCAAGGAUAAGAUCGACGACCCCAUAAUCUGCGAGAAGAUCCGACAAUUCGUGUAUGCGCCUCGCGAGAUCCAGGCAGUCUACAAGGCAGAUGCUACCGCAGAGGACAUCCACCUCCUUGCUGCUGUCCUGCGUUCCGCGGAAGAGCCCUUGCUCUCUCGUGCACAGAUGCAGCGGGUGCACUACUCACACCGAGCACACAAGGAGUACCUCAAACAUGUCGAGACCCUUCAGGACUCGGAUGAUGAUGAUGGGCCGCAAGAUGAGCAAGCGUGGUUGUUCGAGGACCUAAGCGUCCUCGCACGACUAUAUUCGAGGCUAAGGGAUAGGGAGCAAUUGAUUGAGAUCAUCUUCGAGGGCUCGACCGCGGAUUUGCUGAAGGAUAUCAUAACGAUAUUCUAUGCACCUUUGGCGCAGGUGUACCGCGCAGCCAGCAUCGCAGACUCUCUGGGCGACUUGCAGAACUUCAUAAACGAUCUUAUACGGACUGUUGAGUCCACCGAAGAACUCAGUCAAUCAGACCCAUCGAAGACGGUCCAGAUUUAUAUCGACCUCAUCAAACGGCAUGAGCAGGCGUUCUACAGCUUUGUGCACAAGGUGCACUCCAAGGGUGAAGGUCUCUUCACAGACCUGAUGCGUUGGAUCGAGCUGUUCAUCACGCUUAUGCGUGAUGGCGUUGGGGAGCGCAUCAGCAUGGAGUUCAUUCUGCCGCAUACAGGCUCGGAGCGGGAGGCGAUCAUGCGCGAGGUGGACGCGGUCGCGCUCUACCACUAUAAGCUGAAGGUCGCGUAUGAGGACAAGGUCCGCAAGCGCUUCGGGCGCACGCAGGGUAUGAAUGACGCAGAUGCCGAAGACGAGGUAGCGGCAGAACUUGUCAAUGGUGUCGUCAAGGAUCUCAGCUUCGGCGAAUUGAUACAGGGCGACGCGGACGAUCUCGCCGCGGAAGACACGGACUCUGAGGAGGACGAUUCCAGCGACGAGGACCAUUCGAGCAGCGAUGAGGAUGACGAGGAUGAGACGGACAGCAGCGAAGGUAGCGAUGGGAGCGACAGUGGUCGGACGGAGAGGGAGGGGACGCCGCAUCCACGGCACCGACAAGGCGCGCCGGCGGUGUCUCCUCGGUCCCCUGACUCGCAGAGGUCUGCCACUUCAUGCCAAUCGCCUACUUCGCCAGUCAAGCGGUCACAUACGCUUGGGCACGUACCUCUUCCACUUCCAUCGCGGUCAAAGUUCAGGUCGAAGCCAGCCAGUCAAGAAUCCUCCCCCCGUUCAUCCACAGACCGCUCUCCUGUAAAUCUUCGCCAUUCACGCUCGCUGAUUAUGAAGCAGUCGGGAAAGAAGUCCCCGCCGCCAGACGUCCCGAACUCCGCUCCUGCAGCUUCACGAUCGAAAUCGACGACGAGACCACAGUCUCUGCCGCCGAAGAAGAAAGAGUCUGCCAUCCAACCGCCAGAGCUGUUUCACCUUCCACAAUUACUCCCUAUAUUCAUGGAACUAGUAAGUUCGGCUGGCCAUACACGAUCGCAGAGUUAG